CACACCUUUCACGCCCUCUUAAGGAUCGCCCCUCCCGACGGCCUUGCCCCUGCCGGAGGCACCGAGAGCCGUCCGUCUUCUUAAGGCUGGGUGUGGAGCCCUUCUGCGAGCGGAGGCCUCUCCUGCUUUCGCCACCCCCUCGGCUUCCUGAAACUCUUAAGCAAUGGAUGAAGACGCAAAUCAAAUGCAGCCCUUGAAUGACAAGCAGGUGCUGAACUCGGAAGGUGGAUAUGUAUGGCAGGUCACAGAUAUGAAUCGACUCCACCGUUUCUUAUGUUUUGGUUCAGAAGGUGGCACUUACUACAUCAAGGAGCAGAAACUGGGCUUUGAAAAUGCUGAAGUUUUAAUAAGACUGAUUGAAGAUGGCAAAGGUUGUGAUGUGGUACAGGAAAUAAAGACGUUCAGCCAAGAAGGCAGGGCAGCAAAACAGGAGCCCAUGCUUUUUGCUCUUGCAAUUUGUUCACAGUGCUCUGAUGCAAAAACAAAACAAGCAGCAUUUAAGGCUGUUUCUGAAGUCUGCCGCAUACCAACUCAUCUGUUUACUUUCAUCCAGUUUAAAAAGGAUCUGAAGGUGGGCAUGAAGUGUGGCAUGUGGGGCCGUGCCCUGAGAAAAGCUGUUGCAGACUGGUACAAUGGAAAGAAUGGCCUGGCUGUUGCUUUAGCAGUUACAAAAUAUAAACAAAGAAAUGGUUGGUCUCAUAAAGAUCUGCUGAGGUUGUCCCACCUAAAACCUGCCAGUGAAGGACUUGCUGUAGUUACUAAGUAUAUCACCAAGGGGUGGAAGGAAGUCCAGGAGGCAUAUAAAGACAAGGAAUUUUCUUCUGAGACUGAAAAAUUGUUAAAAUAUCUGGAGGCUGUGGAGAAAGUGAAACACACGAAAGAUGAAUUGGAAGUUAUUCAUUUGAUAGAAGAGUAUAGGUUAGUUAGGGAGCAUCUCCAGACAAACCAUUUGAAAUCUAAAGAGGUGUGGAAGGCAUUGCUGCAGGAGAUGCCCAUUAUAGCAAUGUUGAGGAAUCUAGGAAAGAUGACUGCAAAUUCAGUACUUGAACCAGCAAGCCCAGAAGUAGCAAUGGUGUGUGAAAGACUGAGAAAUGAGAAAUUGUUAAAAAAGGCUCGAAUACAUCCAUUCCAUGUUUUGGUUGCAUUAGAAACCUACAAAACAGGACAUGGAAACCGGGGAAAACUUCGGUGGCUUCCUGAUAAAGACAUUUUAGAAGCUCUUGAUGCCUCUUUUUACAAAACAUUCAAGACAGUGGAACCAACAGGAAAGCGUUUCUUGCUUGCAGUUGAUGUCAGUGCUUCCAUGACACAAAAAGUUUUGGGCAGCGUGCUCAAUGCUAGUACAGUUGCUGCAGCAAUGUGUAUGGUUGUUGCACGCACAGAGAAAGAUUCCAAUAUUGUUGCCUUUUCACAUGAAAUGGUCCCCUGUCCAGUGACGAAAGACAUGACAUUACCUCAAGUAUUAGUGAAAAUGUAUGAAAUUCCAAUGGGUGCUACUGAUUGUUCUCUUCCAAUGAUAUGGGCUCAAAAAACACACACAGCUGCUGAUGUCUUUAUUGUGUUCACUGAUAAUGAGACCUUUGCUGGAAAUAUUCAUCCUGCAGUUGCUCUAAAGGAGUACAGAGAGAAAAUGGGUAUUCCAUCUAAACUGAUCGUUUGUGGAAUGACAUCAAAUGGCUUUACCAUAGCAGACCCAGAUGAUAGAGGCAUGUUGGAUAUAUGUGGCUUUGACACAGGAGCUCUCGAUGUCAUUCGCAACUUCACUUUGGAUUUGAUUUAAUCUCUUAGCACUUGUUAUUCACAGUGGGUCCGUUGCUGGCAAGAGACUCUGCCCUGAGAACUCCCAGCCAAAUGUACUGUACUAAAAUAUGGCACAUGAUGCACAUAUCAAAAUGAUACCUUUUUGUAAAGGGAAAGGCAGAUGAGAAAUUACUUUUUUUUUUUUUUCUGUUGCAUGUAGUUUAAAAAUAACAAUGGGAAAGCCUGCUAAACGUAGCUACACAGUUUGAUUUAAUUUCAUUCAUAAUAGUUGAACAAUACUAAGGUUUUCUGUCACUGUACAAUGCCUUUGUCUUCAAUAAUAAAUUGAUGAGUUACUUCUGGUAUUGGGAGUCUGGGCAGGAAAGGGAAAUGGUGUUAUUGUUUUUAAAUAGUGUCAAUUUAACAGCAAUUUACUCACGGUUUUUGGUUUGUUUUUUUUAAUAUUUGUAUUUGCGAAGAAUAAGAUUCAACCUUUUCCAUUGUUCAGUUUCAAAUCUAUAAAAGAGAAAUUAUUUUCUGGAGUGCACUAGACCGUGUAACUGUGAUGGAGUGUAAAAGUUACUUGUCAAAUUUUAUACUGACAAAGUAAAAGUGGAAAUAUGUGAUUAAAUUGUGAUAAUCAGACUUUUUCUGAACAGAUUACUAUCUGGAUCUUCUAAAAUAAAAUAUGUAACUUUUGGUAAAUUGAAAGGCAGUUUUUGUAAAUUGCAAUUUCUGCAGACUAUUGUAGAAUUUGUAUGCUUUGUAAGAAAUCUCUACAAACUUUUUGGCAAAAGAAAGGAUCCCUGAAGUCAUAAAAUGAAGUCCCAUCCUCCAAAGUAAUAGCUUGCUGAGGUUUCAAGUGCUUUUUCGAUGAGGAAGAUUAACAGAUACAUCUGAAUUAGUGUGACUCUUAAGUUUUGGUCAUCAUAACCAGAAAAAAAAUUAGCUGUUAAUUUCUGUAUUAUCUGCUCAUUCUUUUGAAGAAAUCUUACCAUCCAAAAAAGCAGAGCACUUCUUAGCAUUUGUUUUAAAAAGAAAUUCAAUCAGUAAUCUGUUUUCAAAACUACUUCUACUUUGUAGUGACAUUCUUACAGUGAUCUUUCUGCAUUAUACAGCUGCCCCCUUCACACUCAAAAUCUUACUUGUUUAGCAGUGUUUUGGAAAUGAGUGUUUUAAUCUUCUGUAUGACAAUAAAGAAAGAAGAGGACAAAAGGCAUAGGGGAGAAAGUUGUGUCUACAGAUAACUUCUUGACUCUGUUUUCGAGCAGGAAUUAAUAGUAACGUGUUUUUUCUGUCUAUCCAUCAAAAGGUCUCUUCAGAAUGUCACAGAUUAAGAAUACAAGUUUUAUCUUUAAGGUUUUUAAGUAAUACUUUACAUCUUUCCCUAAAUUGUAUGCAUGUGGCUGUCACUGUCCUGCUAGCUGUGGUUAUUUUAAAAGAUUAAUUUGGUAUUUGUUUGAAAAAGAUUGUAGUUAUAAAAUAAGCUAAUUAUAGUAAAUAAUACAUCACACUUCUGUUGCUAUGCUGAAAAUACCGUUUGAGAUGUAAAGCAGGUGUUCACAUUUGAACAAUGUAUAAACUCUUGAUAUCUCCUUAUUCAAUAUGUUUAAAGUAUAAAGAAAAUAAGUUCAAAGUUAGUGUUAGGAGGAUGGAGAUUUUAGACUCUGACAAUAUUUAAAAUAUAGAUGGGUGACUGCAUGCCCCAGGCUUACUGCCUCAAUUUGUCAGACUAAUGUUCAAGGUGUCAUACUACCCAUUUAUGCCAUACUUCAAGGAUUAAUUAGAACAGUGAAGAGUCCCACUCUGUCAUGAAUUUUACACGGACAGCAUUUGAGCUGUUUUUAAAAUUGUCUUUUGAAGAACUGGUGGUAAUGGAGUAGUGGCUUUCAGUCAAAGUGAAUGGAACUUCUUUCAGUUAAUAGUUGGUAAGUGACAGUGCAGUAGUAGAAUAAAGUUUUCAAAAUGCGGGGCUACUAACAGUUUUUUCAGGUGACAACAUCCAGAAGCAACUCCAUUGCUUUCUUUGUAAAAGGAAUUUCAAGAGGCAGGUCCCCCAUAUUAUUUUUCUCCUUGUAAUCUAUCCUUUUGGAGUGAGAGAUUCCCUGACAUUUUCAAGCCUCCUGCAAAAGAGGUACAGAGAACGUGGGGAAUGCACUCACUUGAGCAAGACAUGUUGUUAGUUAUUUCAAAUAAAGGCACUGGUGGGUUUUGUUUUUUUCUUUUUAAAUAUAGUAAUAUUUUCUAAAUCACACAAUAGUUGAAUAUUUAAUAAAAAUGUUUACUCCUGAGCCAGAGAAGUUAAUGAAAACUGGGUAGGUGUUGUAAGUAGUUUAUUAUUGGGAAGUAAUAAGAGUCUAGCGUUUUAGUAUAAAUAUUACAUGGAUUGGAAAAUUAGGAAGCUGUGUACUUAGAAAAUAUGAAAUGACCUUAUGCAAUUCUUGCACAAACCUAUGAUAAUUAAAAGGAUUUGAUAGGACUAAUGACCGUACUAACAGAUUAAUAGUGGAAAAUUACACUAAUACUGAAUCAUUGAAAUAAGCCCAGCUGAAAACCUAAAUCCUUGAACUAGAUAAACAGAAUAAAGGUAAACAUUCAGUACAGUCUACAGGACAUUAAGUACAUCUGUUAGAGUUGUGUACCACUUCUAGUCAUAUCCUCUCCAUUAUUGAAAAGAUGGAGUACAGAAUAUGCUCCUAAGUACUUACCUUACUCUCUACUGAAAGACACUAAUAGGGUACAGUUUUACAUUCUGACUGGUUUUGUUUGUACUGAUAGGACUAUAUUGUACCCUGUGUGGGCUGUCCCCCGAAAUGUUCCCAUUAGUGGAUGAAUAGGGUUUGUGCCUUCCUUCCAUGGAAGUGGUAGAGAGAGGAGUCCUUUUCCCCAAUAGCAGAUUGCUUGAGAUCCGCAAAGGCCUUACUUCUGGCAGAAGUCGGGAGGCAAAACAGAGGGGCUGCUGUCACCUAAGCCUCCCCUUGAAGGUUUCUAGAGUACAGAGAGGGAGAGCUGGAAGUUUAACACUGACAAGGUCAGUAUUAGCGUACAUGCUAAAGUCCCACAAGUCUGGAAGACGUAUUUCCACUCACGUUCUCUUUUUGCAUAUGGUUCUGAACCCUAAGGUUGGGAGCAUAAAGCAUAACAUAUGCAUAGAGCAUAACCUGAUUGCUAUGGUUGUUUCCUUCUUUAGUCUUAAAUCCAGUAACCAAACAGUUUCUAGUCUGCAGAAUGAAUAGGUCAAGAUAAUUUGCAAAUUGCAGUGUUGAUGUGUGUGUGUUUGGGGGGGGAGGGUGAGAACUAGUCUAAUAGUUACAGUAACAUUAAAAAAAAUACCAUUAAAAUGUGUGAAUCAAAGGCAUAAUUGCUAAACUUUAUUCAGAAUUAAAUUAUUUAUGGUAAAUAUACUGUAUUACCUUUUCACCAAAGAGGAGAGAUGACCUUAUCAUGUUAAUGUUAUUGUUUGCAUUGGUGGAACACUUUGUAUUUUAUCUAGAGCCAAAUGGAAACAAUAAAGUAUAAUUGUGCACUCAGAUUUAUUACAGAAAGGAGAAAUUUAAGAGCUAGUUUGAAAUGAAGUUCAGUUUUUCAAAGCGAGUAUUUCCAAAUGUCUGCAGUGGGCAAAAGUCCAGUUAGGGGUGUGGUUUGAUUUCCUGAUACCUACCUGAAUAAAGAGGCUUUCAAAUCAAUUUCCAUUUCACUAGGAACCCACAUGCUAGAUUUUCAUUAGAGUUAUUGAUAGCUACAGAAUACGUAUGUGGGUUGUUUAAAGAAUGAAAAACACUUAGUAAUAGCCGGGUUUGUAAUAUAUAGUGUUGCUGUGCAAGAGGCUAAUGGAGUUUGGAAGCAUUUCAAAGGGGGGGGCGGUUUGAGAACUGGAAGCAUAAUAUGUAAGUAAAACUCAGAAAGGGUGAUCAAGUGCUCAUUGAUUUUAUAUGCCAAGAGCUUGCCUCAAAGAAGUGAGAGGAUACUUUUUUGAUCAGAGCAGUGACAACGGAGCCCAAACUAUAAACCCAUUGCUAGAAGAAUAUGUAUGUGGAUUUAGGACUUCAAAAAAACAACUACCUGAUUUAAGAUCCCAAUUUGGGUAGCUCUUUAAAAAGACAAUUGGGGGCAGGGGGAAACUGUUUCCUGAAAACACUUAGGCCAUGUCCACACUUACCCGUAGAUUGGCUCUGCUGCAAUCGAUGCAGCAGUGUCGAUUUAGCGGACUGUUGAAGACCCACUAAAUCGAUCGCAGAGUAUUCCCCAGUUGAUUCUGGUAGUCCAGCUCCCCAGUUGCCGGGAGAGAGAGGGAAGUUGCCGGGAGAGCUUCUCCUGUCGAUCCAGCACAGUGUAGAUGCCGGGGUAAGUUGACUUAAGCUACGUCGACAUCAGUUCAGUUAUUCACAUAACUGAACUAGCGUAACUUGGGUAGACUUGCCGCAGUAGUCUAGACCAGCCCUUAAAUUCCCUCUCCCUUUUUACCUCAUUUAUUUACAUUUUAGUGUAUUUAUAUAUAUGUUAUAUAUAUAUCAAACAAUUUAAAAUAACGAAAUAUAAAAUAUAGAAAAGUUAAUUAAAAUGGAACUUAACAGGUUGUCAAGAAUUGGGUUUUACACUGAGAAAUUUGGACUUAGAAUAAAGAAGGAGAAUUUGAGAUCCAUUUGUAUUUUUUAAAUACAGGAAAGAGUGUCAUUUACCCACAAUCCUAAAAAUGGAAACGAUAAUCUAAAAAUAAGUCUACUCAGCUUCCAAAUGUCAUGGGGCCAGUUUGAUAAAACAGCAGUAAAGUAACUGGCCAUAAAACCACUCUGUGCUUAAAAGACGUAUUAUGUCUGUCUACAAGCUAACUGACUUAAUUAUAUAAUUAUGACAUAAUCAGUAAUAAGAAGCAACAUUUUUAUACUCCUUUAAGCCCCUAAAAGUGUGUCCUUAAAAGGCUAUACAGCACAAACCUUAUAUUAUUCUUGGUUUAAAAUGUAUAUAAAUUAAUCUAGACUUUUUCUUUUUAACCUAUGUUUGAUCUACAAAGGCACCUUCUUCAGCUAAUCAUUGUUAUCCAUUGCAAAAACACUGCACUUCUUAAUCAUGUAGCUAGUUGGCUGCCUGCCCCAAGCUGGGGCAUUAGUUGUGCCAGUUCUAUCUAUUGUCCUUGCCCCGUUUUGUUCUCCCACUGAUACUGGGGUGUUUUUUUCUCUUCCCCAUCUCUGUUCUGGUCUUUAAUCUUUACUUCUAUUUAACUUCACAAUUUGCCAUGUGCUUCUGAUCUCAUUCGGCACUAUAGUAAGAUUGUUGUUGGUUUGUAAAGUUGAUGAGCAUGCUGUAUUUCCUCAUUAAUAACAACUAACACCAGAGCAUUCUUUUUAUUUACAAUUUUUUGCCUUAAAUAUUUUAAAACUUAAAUAAUUUUCAUUUCUUUAGCAUACAAAUUGUAGGAAAAGUUAUUUGUAACUAACUAGAUCAGAUUUUUCAUAAAUUAUAAAGCCAGAAGAGGCACCAUUGGGAUCGUCUAGUCUGAUUUGUAAAAUACAGGAAAUAUAUCAUUGCACAUAAAAUCUGCUUCUUCGAGUGCUUGCUAAUGUCCAUUCCAAUGUAGGUGGGCGCGCGUCGCAUACACUGUCGCUGGAAAGGUUUUUCCUCAGAGGAAUCCGUUGUGUUGGCUCUGGUGCCCCCUAGAGUUGUGCCCUCGUGGCAGGGUAUAUAGGACACCUACCAACCCACUGCCCCUUCAGUUCCUUCUUACCGCCUGUGACAGUCUCUGGAACAUCUCUGGUCUCUUGCAAGUGCUUCGUCUCAGUGGACUUUUUCUAUAAAAUAGUUGUAAAUAGCUACUGUUAGUGGUUAAUUAGGACGUGUAAGCAGUAUAGUUAUUAAAUGUUUCCCGCUUAGUGGAGUUAGGCCACCUGGGCCCAAGUGGGCUGCCUCAGUCCCAGGGGUUCAAUCAGUGAGCGGCGCGCCACAAACCAAUGCCAGUUAGUGACCCACACAGUAGUUGUCUGAGGUGUCUGGGGAAUGCAGGAGCAAUGCAGAAUCUUCAGGAGCUUCAAGCCCAGGACAAAAAAGGACAGGGACAACAGACUUAAGUUCCUCCUCAUGGGGGCAGUGCUUUGUCCCCCCUCAGUGCCAAUUCAGGUGGAAUUGGCACCAAGUACUUGGAUGUUGGUAAGGAGUGCCCUCGCCCCUCUGAGGGAGGCGGGGUGCCGUUCCCUUUUCCCGGCACCAAGAAGGGACUCCGCACCGGUGACCCAGGACUCCCAGCACCACCAUGUGUCCCUGAUGGAAAUCAAGUCAACGCUGGCAACAGACUCCUGGCACCACUCACUGUCACUGGUGCCAAAGAAGAAACAAAAGAAGGUGGACCGGGGGUGCUCUCCAACCCCAAGUUCCACGAGUAAUAGGGAUGCUGUGAGGGUGCGACCUGUGCCAGGCCACUCUGAGGCACCAAUGGCGCAUGCGACACCGUCGACUCCGGCCCUGUAAAGUUUGUUGUUGAGUCCAGUGCCAGUGGACUCCCUUCCCAGGGAAAGCUACUGCAGCACAACAGCCCUGGCUCUACCAUCUAUGCCAGAAUUUUUUGAGGCAGCAAGAGUCCUUUCUCUCCUGAUGCCGCCUUCCCCAGCCUUCCAGGAACUGUUGGUGGCAGCUCCAGCACCGAGGACCCAAGGCAGGCGUCAGCGAAGGGCAAGCUGGCAAAGAUGGCAUGGCACCGGUCCCCUCCAUCGCAGCACCGCUUUCUAGUGCUGGUCGGCACCACCUUGGUCUCCAAGAAGCAAAUCUUCCGACUCUGAUUUGGAAGCAGAGUCCAAUGCUUUGUGCAGGAGCAGACAUCGCUCAGCUCGGCGACACCCGGAGGCAGACAUGGGCCAGGGCAUGAUGCUGGCUGCAUGGCCACGAACACAAUGGCAGCUUGCCACUGCUUCCAGACUUGAUCUCCCAAGAUCGCGGUCUCCUACGUCACCCAAACCUCAAAUCCCGCUACCUCAUGGCUUGGAAGCUCCAGUUUGCAAGGUGUUCUUGAGGCGUAGGAAGCCUUCUACUAGGGCCACAUACCUGGAAAAGUGGAAGCGGUUAUCGGUCUGGUCGACGCAGAAAAGUGUUUUGCCUACGGAAUUAUCACUGUUCUUCAUCCUGGACCACCUGCUCCACUUAAAGCAGGAAUGUCUGAUGGUGUCAUCUAUAAGGGUUCAUCUGCCCACGAAUUUUGUGUUUCACCCCGAGUGAAUGGCCAAUCGGUCUUCUCCAAAGCAAUCUGUGGCUAUUUCUUUAAAGGUCUGGAACGACUGUAUCCACACAUACGACAGCCCCUGCCUCCUUGGGACAUCAAUUUGGUGCUGUCGAGGCUGAUCAGACCUACAUUUGAGCUGCUGGCGAUGUUCUCCCUGCUUUACCUGUCUUAGAAGGUGGCCUUCCUAGUCGCCAUUACUUCUGCCAGAAGGGUCUCUGAGAUCUGAAUGCUUACCUCAGAAUCACCAUAUAUGGUCUCCUUCAAGGACAAGGUACUGCUGUGGCCACACCCAUCUUUCCUGCCAAAGGUGGUCUUGCAAUUUCAUAGUAAUCAGGAUAUCAUUCUGCCAGUCUUCUAUCUGAAGACACACGCUAAUAGGGAAAAACAGAGACUACACUUGCUGGAUAUGAAGCGUGCACCAGGUUUUUACAGAGAGGACCAAACCCUUUAGAAAGUCCACCCAGCUGUUAAUAGCUAUCACGGACAAAAUGAAAAGCUGACCAAUCUCUGCCCAAAGAAUCUUAUCAUGGAUCACCUGUAUCCACACAUAUGACCUAGCAAAGGUCCCAGUUGCUAGGUUGACAGCCCACUCUACAAGAGCUCAAGCAUCAUGGAUAGCGUUUGUGUGGCACAAGUGUCAAUCCAGGAUAUCUGUAGAGUGGCAACAUGGUUGUCGAUCCACAUGUUCAUGACAAAAAGAAAAGGAGUACUUUUGGCACCUUAGAGACUAACCAAUUUAUCUGAGCAUAAGCUUUUGUGAGCUACAGCUCAAUGCAUCCGAUGAAGUGAGCUGUAGCUCACGAAAGCUUAUGCUCAAAUAAAUUGGUUAGUCUCUAAGGUGCUACAAGUACUCCUUUUCUUUUUGCGAAUACAGACUAACACGGCUGCUACUCUGAAACAUGUUCAUGACACACUAUCCUAUCACUUAACAAGCUAGAGAUGACUCAGACUUCAGCUGAGCAGCGCUACAAUCAGCGUGCCAAUGAACUCCAAACCUUCCACCUGCACAACUGUUUCAGAGUCACCUACAUCGGAAUGGACAUGAGCAAGCACUUGAAGAAGAAAAAAUGGUUACUAACUGUCCGUAACUGUUGUUGUUUGAGAUAUGUUGCUAAUGUCCAUUCCAAAAUCUGCCCGCCUUACCCCUCUAUCGGAGUUAGCUGACAAAAAGGAAAUUAGGGGUCGGCGGGAUGCUAUAUACUGCACCAUCAGGGUGCGACUCCAGUGGGCACCAGAGCCUACCCGACCGAUACCACUGAGGGAAAAGCUUUCCGAUGAUGGUGCAUGCAGCAUGUGCACACCUACAUUGGAAUGGACAUGAGCAACACAUUUCUAAGAACAAUUAUGGAAGGUUAGUAACAGGUUUUUAUUUCUUUUCUUAUUUUUUCUUUUUGGAAAAUAAUUCUCAAAGAUAAUCCAACACCUACCCGUAUGAUGAUUUAAUAGGCUUUAUUUUUAGAAAAUUAUUUUAAAUUAGCUUGUACAAUUUUAAAGUCUCUAUAUAGUUUGUAUAGUGAUCAUGCUCUCUAUUCUUUUUAAAAUAUAUUGAGUUUAUAUUAUUUCCAUAAUAAAGGGACCUAUUAAAUUAAUAUUCUGGAUAGAUAGGCAGCUUUGCAACAUUACUGCAAUUUUCUUGUGUCUAGAAUUUAAGCAGAAAUUUGAGAAAGGAGAUUGAUUCUUUAUCAUGUAUAGGCUUUAAAUUAAUUUGACAAUAUUUCAGCAUUUUUACAGGUUUAUGCUAGCUAUUUUCAAAGGUUUUAUAGAGACAUAUAUGUACAGUCAAUACAUGGUUUGAACAGACUUAUUCUUGUAAUAGGCAGAAGUUUUUACAUGUUUUUACCGUACAAUAAGAUUGCAUAGCAUACAGCAUUACUGAAAAUAUUGUCUGAGUGAGGAAUAUGGGGAAAAAGGUAAGUCAGUAAGAUGGUAUAUGUGCUGCUUGUCAUACCUAAAAUUGCAGUUAAGUUUAACAAAUCUCAGCAGGAGGUAUGAUGCCUGUAAGUGUGUGUGUGUGUGUAUUACAUGUGGCUUUAUAGUUUCUAAUAUUGUGAUAUUUUUCCUUCAGAUAUUUCUGCAUUUUGAAUUUAAGUUUAAAUAAACAUAUGGUAACACUUAAAGGUAAGAACAUGUAAAAAUGAUUAUUUGACAAAUAAUGAAUAGAAAUAAUAAUAAAUGGUACAACUAAUAAAUGUUACCAGCUUCUUAAUAGUUGAGCUCAACAGGUAACAAAUAAAAUGACUAUUCUACUACGCUUUCAUUUUAAAGUACGGUACUGAAAUAAUUGUUUUAAAAGUCACUUUCUUAUGCAGUAGUUUUGCACAUGGGGGUGUAUUCAAAUGUCUAUAGGCAUACUUAACUGAUUUACAGUAAAUUCCCUCCCCCAAUUUAUUACACAUUUUAGCAAUGCAGAGUUUGGUCUGGGUGAGAAACCUUGAUUCUGUUCGAUUCAAACAUCAUGAUCAACAUAACUGAGUUCCUAUUGCAGAAUCUUUUUUAUUGGUGAUGUAUGUGUUUAACUCUCAGCUCCCAGAUUGAAUUUGCAGGCUAGCAAUUAGAAAAACAAUGUGUAAUUGUAAGCUAUACAGUUUUGAUCUGAAGUCAUCGAUAAACAAUAAACGUGGAACACUCUCCCUCCCCAUAAUGCAGAUUUUAGAGUCCUGUUUUAGAGUAGAAACCUCACUUUAAAAUAUAUGUAUAUAAAUAUAUAUAUAUAUGGCUUUGUGCUACUUUCUAUAGAAUAAAACUAAAUUCAUUUGAGAAAAGAUCUUUGGAAGGAAGAGCCUUAAUUUGGUAAAUAAUGACAACAUUAACCAUUUGAGUACCUUAACACAUUCAUCUUUAUUUAGUAAAUGGGCACUCAUUAGUAUCUAUAGGCACUCAGUGUGUUUCCUGAACUAUUAGUGGAAUUUUGCCUUAAACAAUUCCCUCAGAUUACUAGAGCAUAGAACUCAAAGGGUUAGUAUUUUAGAAAGAUUUUUAAAAAUUUACAGGUAACAAAAUGAAAAGUAAGGUCUUGAGAAAAUUCCUUUGCAUGCUAUUAUUUUUUUACACUCUGGGAAGAUUUACUAGUCUUCAUCUGAGGUCUUGUUUUUAAUUAACAGACCUAAGUAAUCUACAUAGAGGGAAAAAAAGAAGAACAAUCUUUGUUACCAGUAUUUGUACAAAAUAGUUUUUAUUUAGUACAAAAUUAGUGAGAGAGGUAUACAUUUGUGUGUUUAAUUUGAUGGAUAUGUCCUUGUAAAUCAAAACUUACCAGGACAGUGAAGAAUUUAGUAAAAUGUAGUAAACUUUGCAAUAAUAAGAAUAAAAUAUAUAUCCAGGAUCAGUGUGUUUAUUAACUCUUUAUAUACGUUAAAGAUGCACUAUGCCUUUCAGAAACUGUGGAGAGGGCGUAUUAUUUAAACUGAAAAAUUAAUUGCAACCUAAAAAGUUCAGGCCGAUAAAGUGUAUUGUGAGAAUAAGUAUGCAGGUCUUAAAUUACAUCGGGUCUCUUUCUAAUCAUUCUCUGCUCUCAAGAGAUAUUUGAUGCUACAUCUCUUUGGGAAGGAAGUGUCUCCUACUGUGAAUUUGUACAGUACAGUCUGGGGCCACAAUCCUAAGUGAGACCUCUGGGCACCACUUUAAUACAAAUAAUGACUAAUAAUAAUCAGCCGUAAGCCUUUUUUAUUGUGAAUAGUGCACCUUUAACAGUGCAAUGGUCCAUUUUGAGGAAGAAAAGGAUAUGCUUUCCUGUUUGCAUAUUAACAACAUUUCUCAAAUACUGCAGGGUCUUGCUGUUACCAAUAUCCUGGCCUUAGAUGUACAUUAUAUUGAAAUUAUUAUUUUUAGACAUUUACUUGCAAGUGAAAUAAUGCUAAUAAACUGCAUUAUGACUGUAGAAUUUGAUACGAGUACUAAAUAAACUCUAUGAAUAGCA